CUGAUCCCCUAUAUAAGGCAAUGCCACUGAGAAGUCUUUGCAAAAUAAUUUAACAAUGAAGAGACUUAUCAUCUGCGCGUCCAUUCUAUUGGGCGUCCUGGGCCUCGCCGCGGCUGCAAGACCGAUUUCGGAUUGCGGCGAACGCAUUGAGAAUGAUGGCUAUCCCAUGGAGCGUCAUAAGGUUGAAACCGAGGACAACUACAUUUUGACCAUGCACCGCAUUCCGUACUCACCCAAGACUGGGAACACGGGUAAGCGUCCGGUUGCCUUCCUUAUGCACGGCAUGUUGAGUUCCAGCUCCGAUUGGGUGCUCAUGGGUCCUAAGAAAUCCUUGGCUUAUAUUCUAUCCGAUGCUGGCUACGAUGUCUGGAUGGGUAAUGCCCGUGGUAAUACCUAUUCCAAGGCCCACAAGUAUUGGCCAACAUUCUGGCAGAUCUUCUGGAACUUUAGCUGGAAUGAGAUUGGCAUGUACGAUGUGCCCGCCAUGAUUGACUACACUCUGAAGAUAACCGGUGAGAAGCAAGUGCAGUAUGUGGGACACUCCCAGGGCACCACGGUCUACUUGGUCAUGAUGUCCGAAAGGCCCGCCUAUAAUGACAAAAUUAAGUCCGCCCAUUUGUUGGGACCGGCUGCCUAUAUGGGCAACAUGAAGAGCCCCAUGACUCGUGCAUUUGCUCCAAUCCUUGGUCAGCCGAAUGCCAUUGUCGAGCUCUGUGGUUCCAUGGAGUUCAUGCCCAGCAACAAGUUCAAACAGGAUAUGGGUAUUGCCCAGUGUCAGGCUACCUCACGCUAUGCCGAAAUGUGUGCCAAUGAAAUCUUCUUGAUUGGCGGCUAUGACUCCGACCAGUUGGACUAUGAACUUUUGGAGCACAUUAAGGCCACUUCACCCGCCGGCGCGUCGGUUAAUCAGAAUCUGCACUUCUGUCAGGAGCACAACUCGGGCAAGUUCCGCAAGUUCGACUAUUCGGCAAUCCGCAAUCCCUAUGAGUAUGGCAGCAUGUAUCCCCCAGAGUAUAAGCUUAAGAAUGCCAAGGCUCCAGUCCUACUCUAUUAUGGUGCCAACGAUUGGAUGUGCGAUCUGAGCGAUGUGCGCAAGCUGCGUGAUCAGUUGCCCAAUAUGGCACUCGACUACCUCGUGCCCUUCCCGAAAUGGGCUCAUUUGGAUUUCAUUUGGGGCACCGAGGCCAAGAAAUACGUAUACGAUGAAGUCUUGAAGCAGAUGUCAAACUACAAGUAGUUUAACUAUUUAUUGAUUCAAUUACAAUAAAUGUAUGCUGUAUUUGAGCAAAAUUUA